AUGGCAGUCAGGAGUCUUUUUAUCGUCUGCAUUGCGCUCCUCAUUGCGACCUCCGUGGAUGCGCAGCGUGUUCCGCCUGGCGGAGGCCCUCCCGGAGGCCAGCAGCCAGGAGGGGGGCGCGGAGGACCUGGCGGGUCUGGCGGACAGGCUGGUCCGCACGGUCCUCCGUUCAAUCUGACGGUAGUCGGAAAUCUGACGGCGGACGUUAACGCGCGAUUGGCUAACUGCUCCGCGGACCCAACGUUUCUCGACGGCCGCUUUCACCUCGCCAUCUUCAACCAGGGACGCGUUACCAUCGUUCCUCCUUUCACUCACAUCCCUCCCCCCACUUUUCACCCUUCCGCCACGCUUCCCCCCCGCUUCCCCACUUCCCCCUCCGCCAGGAACGCGAGCGGCAAUUACAACCUGGCGGUAGACGCGCUCCUGGUGGGAGCCACGGGCGGGCCGCCCGACUCCCUCGCGAUCGUGAAGGGCGCCGUCUGCGACUCCUCCGCCUCCGCCGCCGCGAUCCUCGCGCUUCCGCUGGCGGCGUCCGACUGGCAGCUGCGCGACGGCUGGUGGCUGCUGCACGCGGAAGCGCGGCUCGACGCGUUCCUCGAGAACGCGGACGCCGCCACCGUCGACGCGCUCCUCGCGCUCCUCCCCAACGCGACGCUGCCAGCGACGCGAGGCGGCGGCCGCGGCAAAGGCAGCGGAGGCGGAAGCGGCGCGGGGGGAGGGCGCAGCGGACAGGGGAGCAGGCGCAUGGGGAGGGAGCUGCUGAUGCGCGCAGCGGGCCGCGUCACUGGUGCGAAGCAGGGGGCGCCGCAGCCGCCUGCAGCUAGUCCCUCAGGCGCUGGGGGUGCGGGGGGGAUGAUGGGGGAUGGCGGGAUGAACGCGACUGUGAGUGGGUAUGCCGUGCUGGCCACUGCCACUGCGGGGGGUGUGGCGUGGGGCGGCCAGCUCAUGGGCGUCAAACUGCCCUCCGCCGCUGCUUGA